ACGCCAAAGAAAGUAACAUUUGUUCCUGUUGUUUGUCUAGCAACACCCGGACCAGCAGCAAACAGGCCAGCAGGGUUGUUUUCUCCCACACUACCAGCACCUACAACGUACCUAAACAGCCAGCCUCUUGCAACACGAGCCGAAUCAAAACUGCCCCCAAAGAGGACAAAAUAAUUGAAGCGAUGAUGGAUACUUCUAACAGAGAUAUCAAGGCGAUCGCCAGUCCUUGUCAAAUUUGCUGCGAUGUUAAGUCUCAAGUGCAUCAACAGAUCGAAGCAAUGCUCCCCUUCGAUACCAGACCUCCAAGAAAAACUAGCGCUUGCCAAGUGUGCAUAGAGCUGAAAAAACCAAAGCUUACCGAUAAGCAAAGUGCAGCUCAAGCUUCGAUUUCUACAAAAUCUACCAAGGUAAGUAAGAGUUCUUGUUGUAUAUGUUUGGAAAAGGGCAGCCAGCUAGGAUACAAUCCUUCUGACAAGCAAGUAGAGGCCCAAGCAAUUACUUCCAGUAGGGCUGUCAGUGGACAAUCUCUUCAUCCUGCCGAUAAGCAAAUCGAAGCUGUGGUCACCUCUUCCAGCAAAGCCACCAGAAUCACGAGGAGUACCUGCCGAGUGUGUUUAGACAAGAAAAAUGAAGUCGAAGCGAAGGAGAGAGAAAAACCGUUACACGCUAAUUUGGACAAUUGCUGGGUUAACCCUUUGUCAAGCAAGAAGCCCAAAGCUAGAGAUACUACUCCUUCACAAGAUGCUGCUCCUUUGACGAUGGGAAGCCAAAAUGCUGGUGAUGUUGUGCCUUGUAACCUCAACACUUGCCCAGAGAAGACCUCAAGUAUUUCGACUAGGUCUUGCACUCCCAACACUUGCCCAGAAUUCGCAGUCGGAGACGUGGAAGUUGCCCCUUGUAGAGAAGACACUUGUCCUGAUUUUCGUAACGAAUCGUCCAGGCGAAUACCUUGCUUGGACACUUGUCCAGAUUUCAGCAGUGGGAGUUCCAGAGAACUUCCUUGUAGAGAAGACACUUGUCCCGAUUUUGUUGGUAGUAGUUUCAAUCAGCUUCCAUGUAGGGAGGAUACCUGCCCAGAUUUCGUUGGAGCUAAGAGAGGCCCCUGCAGAGAUGACACUUGUCCUGUUGUUCUAUCAAUGUCCAGUCCUCUAACCCAGACUGAAAGUUAUGGAAAGAGGACGGAGAAAAGGAAGAGUAUGUGCAACAUAGGCACGUGUCCAUCUGCGAAAAGGGUUAGAUCCAGAUCGAACAUAAGAGACAUGGAUAACCAGUGUGCUUUUAUCGGAUCUCCAGUCAUCAACAGCUCGAUUUUCAAAGGUGUUGGCGACACCAAAAGCACCACGAUAGACUGCUGUUGCUGCACAGCUAAGAAAAAACCCCCACCAGACACGACCACCACGGAGAAGUGCAUCAAAUGCCACAUGCAAGAAUUGCUGGAACGCGAAAAAAACUACGACAGUGUUUUCAAGACCUUCCAGAACAUGGCGAGCCAACCGACAUACUGCUGCGCAGCAGCGGCUGAGAAGAAUCAUCCACAGGGCGAUGUCAAAAGAAUAACUGACGAACUGAGGCUGGAAAAUCAAAUUUUGAAAAGCGAACUGAUGGAGCUGAAGUACGAAAUGAAACAGUGUUUGGAGAAAGUUGAAGGUCCGAUGAAACAAAAGUUGCAGACGGAGAGGUGCAAGUACGCUCAGCUUCAGCAAGAACUGAACAAAACUUCCGAGAACAUGGCGGCCAGCCAGGACAGCUACAUGAGGGAGAUGAACGCGCUGAAGCUGCAGCUAUGCGUCGCUUGUUCCAACAUGACGGAUCUGAACGCCAUCAACAAUCGUCUGAAGGAGGAGAUGAAGUCGCUUGACUGCAUGUGCUCGAAGCUGGAGGAUGAUCUCUUGAAGCAGAAGCUCAACGAAGCUGAGACGAUAAGGAUGCUGGCCAAAAGAAGUCCGGGAUUCGGGGAGAGUUCAAAGACUUCAGCGACUUGCACCCCACGGCAAUCUCCAAAACCCCAAGAAAAUCAAUCGGAAACUUUCAAGUGCGACUCGAAUUUGCACGUCAUCGCCAGGAAGCUGAGCAAGACCUUGAAGGAGAUCGCUCCCUGCGAAGAGUGCUCCAAACUGCCAGAAUUAACAGGAGCCGCCAAGCUCAUCAAAGACUUGACCGACCUGGUGGAGAGCAGGAAGAUCCACAUGAGGUCGUUGGAGUCGAUUCCCAGCAAGAAGGACUGCUCGUGUCAAUCUCCGCCGCAGACUGAGAAUGAGUGGUGUCAGUGCAACAAUUUUCGAGACGUCGGGGCUGGAGGAUCUCCAGGAGAGGGGGGAGCUGCUAAAGAGAAAGGCGACGACUCAAAACCCACAGAAACAAUUUUUUCCGUUCCUCCAACUUUUGCUGAAAAAAACGAAAGCAGUCAUUUGAAUAUAAAACCCACUGCAACUAGCUCUGGUGGUUCUCCUGUUCUGGGAGAAGGUCAAGAAUCUAGGUACUACACAGCACUUGACCAACCAUGUCCUUUCGUAUGCGAUGAAAAAGGACCUUGCGCUUCUAUAAACCGUCCUUGUGCUAUAUAUAAAGCUGGAAUGCUCCCAGAUGAAGCAUCUAAAGUACCUGGGACAAAGACGAAAGCAACAGGUACUAUGCCUUGUCCAAAUAUUUGUGGAGACUCCGCACCAUGCAUUGUGAUCGGGAAACCUUGCGCAACUCCCAAAGAUGAAGUUGCCAAAUAUACAGGAGACGAUACUUACCCGAUUGAAAAUACCGCUCCUUGUGCGACUAUUGGAGUACCUUGCGCUCGCCCGAAAGGAAAAAUUGAAUCUGUUCUACCAGCCGGAAAAGUAACUAAAGACACCGGGAGCGAACCAUGUCCUCUGAUUUGUGAAGAUACCGCCCCAUGCGUAACUAUUGGAAAACCUUGCGUUCUUUCCAAAAUGAAAAUGGAGGUGGAACAACCACCUGUAAAAAUGACCAAAGACACAGCGAGCGAACCCUGUCCUCAGAUUUGCGAAGACAACGCCCCUUGUGCAGAUAUCGACAAACCAUGUGAACCUUUCAAAGAAAACAUUCAUUUGGAACAACCACCCGUGAAAAUAACCAAAGACACAGCAAGCGAACCAUGUCCUCAGAUCUGCGAAGAUAACGCCCCCUGUGUUGAUAUCGGAAAACCAUGUGGACCUUCCAAAGAAAAAGUCCAUCUGGAACAACCACCCGUAAAAGUAACCAAAGAUACAGCAAGCGAACCAUGCCCUCAGAUUUGCGAAGAUGACGCCCCCUGUGUAGAUAUCGGAAAACCAUGUGGACCUUCCAAAGAAAAAGUCCAUCUAGAACAACCACCCGUGAAAGUAACCAAAGAUACAGCAAGCGAACCCUGUCCUCAGAUUUGCAAAGACAACACCCCUCUUGCAGAGAUUGGACCUUCCAAAGAAAAAACCCAUCCAGAACAACCACCCGUAAAAUUAACCACAGACACGGGAAGCGAACCUUGUCCUCUGCUUUGUGAAGAUCCGGCUCCAUGUACGGUUAUCGGAAAACCUUGCGCGAUAUCAGAUACUCCUGACGACACAAUAAUGGAAAAGAAGGAAGAAGAACCCUCACCUUCUGAUGUGACAGCUGUUGCAGAACCUGAUGGCGAUACAACCCUGGAACCAAAGCAAUUCAUAGCUUCGGAGGAACCCUCCGCUGACCAAAAAAGCGCAGAAGAGACGCUGUCUUGUGGUAUGGUUUGUGGUGACACCGCUCCUUGUUUUUCCUUUGGUAAGCCUUGUCAAACACCUGUCAAAGCUGUAGAGGGAAAAGUUCUGGAAGAUGAAAAGAUUACUUCUCCAGCGGAGCUCUUGGAAGGAACCAAAAAAGAAUCUACGGCCUCACCAGAAGAAGCCGCGAAAUACAUAACUGGGAUUUUGAUGAAUACGAUUUCCCCGGGGAGUUUGAAAGAUGAACUAGUUGCUGCUACAGGUUCCGAAGACCUUGCGAAAGCAAGAGAAAAAGAAGUUGUGCCGUCAGAAGCUGCGAAAGACUCUGAAGAGCCGACAGUGGAUAAACCCCAAGCUGAAGAAGCAGAGGCGUCCGAUAUUGUUCAGGAGGACUUGGCUAAAAGUGAAAAAACUGUUGAAGAAAAUCUUUCAGAGGCCUCAAGACAUGACACUGAUAACACAAAAGAAACUGUUACUUCAGAAGAACCGGUAGAAGAAGUAUCAGAGACACCAAUCCAAGGAGGAGACAAACCAACCGAGCAGAAACACAACCAAAUCUUACUUGCUUCUGAUAAGGGCAGCAGUGCUGAUCCAGAAGAAGAGGUAGUAUUACAAGCAGUCGUCUUGGAUGUCUUGGAAACUCCCACAAAAGAUGAAACCAUCACGUCAGAAGACAAAGAGGAAAAACCAGACCUGAAACCGGAGAAUAUUUUUGAAGAAACAUUCGUCGGAGAUUUUCCGUUCGAAGUGGAAACCGGAGCCAUUUGUUUGGACGAACCUCCGUCAGGUCUUCAUGUCACAACGACAGUGACCACUUCCGGUAAUUUGGAAGUCAUCACCGAAGGUCCGGCUGGUCUUAUUGAAACUGCAUUGACUUACCAGGAAGACGGAACUAUAGAGGUGGUUACCCAAAUAACGGAAUUGUCAGGAGAUACCGAAGGAACUGCCACUAUGGAUGAAAUUGGGAAGACAGAAAUCGGAACAACCGAAGACAUACCAGUCGUUAUAAUCGAAGGUGAGAGAGUAAAGAAACGCUCUGGGAAAGAACCAAUAACACCUUCGCCGGAAGCCGUAGCUGAAUUCAGCGAGGCCAAACAAAAAAUGAUCAAGCUGAUGAAGGAGAAAGAUUCGAUAUUGACAGGUGACUCUGAACUUACCGGCUUAGAAUCGGUCAGCGACUACACUAAAGACACGACGGCGUUGAGCUCCAGCUGCACCUGCAAACCACAGAACAAUGUUUCUAGCACCCAACAGAUCUCUCAGGUUCCCACUUUCACGAAAUCCAGCGCUGCCGAGGUGCUCAACCAAACGUCAACGACUACCGACGAUCAGCCCCGAAUCGAAUCCGAAGUCGUCUCUCGAACGACAACGGGGAGCAUCCCCAUCAGUUCCCACGUAGUCGUUUCAGAAAACGGCGCGGCGAAACCCGCGGAAAAGACCGAGAUGACCGUCAGAACCAGCCCGAUCGACACCAAAGACGUUGGCACGGAUUUGAGGAAAACGGAAACGACUCGACAGCAAACCAGCAUAAUUGAAACGGUGGUACGGUCUACCGAGGCAGAGCCGAGAGUCUCCGAGGUCGCCACUCAAGACAAGAGCGAUUCUAGACACGGAGAAGAUGUGUCCAGCGGAAAGGAACUGCACGUUGAAAAAAAAUCGGUUGUUUUUUCAGAACAGCAGCCAGGAAGAGGAGAACCUGUUUCGCAACAGGAUGAGCCCGAGACAAAAACUCCCGACGACCGACCGAAAUCCGUCAAGAAGGCCGCCCCCCGUCAAAAGCGUGACUGCGCCUGUCAAUCAUCUACUUCUGCAGAACAAUCAUGUCAGUGCUGCGACUGUAAAGACGUCGGAGUAUCAACAUCGAAAGACAUCGAAACCAAUACCGAAACCAAGAUGACUGUUCAAAAAUUACCAGUGAAGAAGGCAAUGGAAGAGGGUGAACCCGCCAAUCCGUCGACCGAUAUAUUUGCUAGUGGUGAAGCCGCGCAGAGUUCUGGAGUGAGCGAUGUCGCAGAGGCCAGUGCUUUGGAUUCCGGAAAGACCCAAGGAACUACAGAUGAAUUGAGUAUCUUGAAUGAAGAGUCUCUGGAUUCAAAACAUAGCAAUAAUCAAGACAGGAGCAACGCUCAGAAGGAACAGAUAGUUGAGAGCGAAAGUUCACGAAAAACUAAUAGAGAAGAUGCCAUUGAACUAUCACAAACUACCCCUACUCGUCGCGAGACAUCCAGCGAACCUUCAGAAUCGUACAAAAGUGCCCGAGAACCGUUACCUACUAAUGCAGAUCGAGAUCCCAUUGAAGGAAAACAUUCUGUGGGGUCCAAAACAGAAGUCGAGAAAAAUAAAUCGAAACGUCCAGAGAAAACAGAAAAGAAACCGGAAAAACGCAAAAGUUCAUCAGAAGUACCAGAUUCCGUAUCGAAGUUGUCAGACAGAGAUAAUCCUCCCCCGAUCAGCAGCAGUUCGGGGGGGAAAAGGCAGAAGAAAAAGCGUUCCUCUAAACUGGACUACAGCGCGUGCGAUUGCGUCGGAGUGUGCCAGUGCGUCGUUUGUUCACCAGAAAUAAUGGCCAAGAGGAAGGCGGCCACCGGAACCGUUAAACCUCCGGACCCAGAGUCGGAGAAACUAUGCUGCUGUGUUUUUCCUUCGCAGAAAAAUCAAGCGAUUUACAUGCAGUCGGGCCACCAACCUGGGUGUCCGUGUUGCUCUCCUUUUAAAACUGAGGCAUUUCUGCGCAGCACCAACCUCGAUACAAACCGAGGUGCCGUACCCAAAAACAGAAAGCGCAUCAGUAUCGAAGACGUAUUUCUUCCGGCCACAAACUGUCCUCUAGAGCUCUACGAAGAACCUCCCAAAAAAUUUCCGCACCCACGCAGCUGUGAAUGCAUUGACUGCCUCUGCCUACCGAAAAUCCAGCAAUUGGCGCAGACUCGGGAAUUUCCCGUUAUUAGGGACGAAAAGCAGAUCUACCAGGUGUCGAUGAAGUGCGAGUGUAUAAACGCGAUCAAUGCCAAGAAAUUGGCCAUGGAACGGUCUCGGAUUCCAAUAGCGACCAACUCGAACGCUAGCCCGCCGAAAAUAAAGCUCCCGACCCCCACGGAAUGCACCUGCGAGGAGUGCAAGUGCUCCCCCUGCGGCGAUCAAGCGAAGAAAAAAAUUCCCGAAACUCCGGGUGUCACCGCGAGUAAACUAGCCCCAGGAGUCACCCCCAGCCAGCUGGCAAAGAUGUGCAGCUGUGGCGAGUGUGAGUGCAAAGUCUGUUUCAACAAACCCAAACCUGUGCCGGCCGAUGAGGUCCCGUCACAACUUCCCUGCGAUCAGCUGAAAGGGGCGAAGAGCGCCACGCCUGCGCCUUCGAGUAACAAAGUCAGAGUCAAAGGUUGUUGCUGCAAAGGUGAAUGCACGUGCGAAUCUUGUCCUGUUGACCAAGGUGACAAAGCGAAAGAUCCGGUUUCGGCUCAACAGUCUAAGAUGAGCAAGAAGGAAUCGGAAAAGCUGGUGAAGGCAUUGUCAUUGUCACGGCCUGAGGAUUGCGACUGCACAGAAUGCGUAUGCCCAAUGUCUAAAGGGCAGACCGAUAGGGCGCCUCAAGAAACACCGGCAUCUCCAGGAGAAGAGCCCCAUCCUGAUGAUUGUGAUUGUGAUAAGUGCGUGUGUCCCAAGUCAUCAUCAAAAAUGUCGAAAUCUCCUUCAAAAGUACCAACGAACAUUUCCAAUUUACCUGUGACCGCCUCAAAUGUGCCUACGACCGCAUCUAACAUACCUACGACCGCAUCUAACAUGCCUACGACCGCAUCUAACAUACCUACGACUGCAUCUAAAGUACCUACAAUCGCUUCUCAACUACCAGCGGCGGCUUCAAAAGUAAGCAAAAUCGAGAGCAAAUCUCAACCGCCCCCCGGAAAAAAACCCUCCGAUUGCGACUGCGUUACUUGCUUGUGUCCCGAACCAUCGAGCGCUCAAGGCGACCAACCAGAAGAAGAGUGCACGUGCGAAAAGUGUGAUUGCCCUGGAGCUGCCACCUUAAAACCCACUGAACAGAAACCGAUUUCGGCAAAGCCUUCCGAACAAAAACCUACACCGUUGCAGCCCAUUCCGGAGCACAGACCGCUCGCUGAGUGCGACUGUGAAGUGUGUGAAUGUUCGCCGUGCCAGGAUCCGAAGAAAAAGAAGACGCCGGCAACCGUGGCUAAGAGCGCGCCGGUCCCUUGUGAUUGUCCAGUAUGCGAAUGCCAACCGUGCGCGGAUCCGACUAAGAAUAAGCCUUUUGUUGUCGCCAAACAAAGCGCUAUUUGCAGCGAUAAACCUUUGAAAGAAAAAUCGAGCGUCCAAGCCCCGUCCCAUCCAAAGGGGUGCACGUGUGAUAUUUGUGAGUGUCCUGGCAAAGAUAAAGCUCUGGGAAAGGGAGACGAGAAACCGACCGAACCACUACCCACUGGCGAGUCGAAAACUCAGCCCCUCACAACUAGCGAUGAAAAACACCCAGACGAGUGCAUCUGCCAGGAAUGCCUUUGUUCGGAUGGAUUACCCACUCCGGAGCCCACCAAAGUCGGUCACCCGGAUAACUGCACCUGCACCGAGUGCCAAUGCCUGGACGAAGUCAUGGAGACGGCGAGCGACUUCAGCCAAGCGGUGUCCGCUAAACCGAGCGUAGGUACGAAAACGGAUAGCGGAACACAUGCACAGGAGUGUAUCUGCGCAGAAUGCAAGUGUCCCGAGGAGGUGGAUGCAGUUCAGGCAGCGGUUGAAGAAACAGUAGUGAACCAGCCGGUGUCGGAUCAGACGGACGGACCGACAGAACCUACAGGGCACGUGGAAGGCUGCUCGUGUUCAGUGUGCCAAUGCGUCGAUUGUUACGGCAAAAUUGAUAGAAUAUCACACGCUCUUGAAUGCAAGUGUGGCGACUGCAUUUGCGUGGAGUGCCCGAAGGUUAAACCAAGGGGAGACGCGAUGAGAGGUGUCCCUUCGAAAGCGUCCAAAUUCGGCGUUCCUCAAGCCAUUAGUUUCGUCGAAAAAGUGGAACAAAUGGAAAAAGUCACUAAAAAGAAAUGUAUUUGUGACGAUCCGACGAUAUGCGGAGUGUGUUAUUGGUCCAUAAAACCAAAAUACGAUUACGAUGAGUGUAAAUGCGGCGUUUGCUUGUGCGAGAAGUGCUCUUACAUCGAGACGGAGCCGGCUACUGCCCCCGAUCCUGAACCGAAAUCAGAAAAACCGGUAGCUACGCCUGAAACAGUGACGUCUGAGACUCCUCCAACACUGGCCGUUUUGGCACCGUGCCAUUGCAUCGAAUGCAACUGCGAUGUUUGUUCGAGAGAAAAGCCGAAGCAGGAGUUGAAACAUCCAGAUACGUGCACAUGUCUGGCAUGUAUCUGCAUCGACUGUUUCGACAAAGCAAAAGCUGGGGCUGGAAAUAAGACGGGAGUACCGGCAGCAGCAUCGUUUCCCGGGCCUGCCGGGGAGCACAACCCUAAUUGCAAAUGCGCCACCUGCAUAUGCUUGAAUUGUGGUAAAGAAGAAAUUCCAACAGUUCCGAACGGAAAUACUCAAAUUUGCAACUGUGGCGAUUGCGAGUGUGUUGUGUGUGGAUUCUUACAGAAGCCUCAACCCAACGAGGUUCCACCAGAACAAGUGCUCGGUGUACCCCAACCCAAUGCUGCAGAGCAGAAAUUAAUGGAUCCCCCACCGUUCGAAACGCCUAUCAGGAAACUUUGCGACUGCAGUACGUGUUCCUGCGUAAUUUGUUCAGAGAGAAGAGCAACCGAGAGUGAAGAACAACCAGCAAUCAAUAAUUCGAUUCACGACCGAAGUAAAGUAUCAGCCCCUGCAACUGCGGAAGCACCGCCUUUUGAAGUGCCCUUUAGAGCACCAUGUAUUUGCCAAAUUUGUACUUGCCCAAGUUGCAACAAGGAAGGUGGGCAACCACCCAUCAGCCAAGACGAACUUAUGCUAGUCCAGGGAGGAACAGUUCAACCACAGUCGACACCUUCUAUGGCGGUUAGUCAAAAGGAAUAUGUAUCGGCCCGUCCUUCUUCCGCGCCUGAUUCUGCUAGGCCAGUGUCGAGACUACACUGCGAAUGUCCAACAUGUUCGUGUGCAGCAAAAGCUCAGGAUUUCCAAGCUGGUAUUUUCUCACCUCUAGCUGAUAAACAAUCUCGAAUGUCCGCCAAGCAAUCAACAGAAGUACGCCGAGUGUCUUGCCCAACUUCUCACGCAUCCGGACAACCUUCCCAUGUAUCAUGUCACCCAUCAUGUCCGGGCUCACAUGUAUCAUGUCCACCUGCAGUUUCUGGGCAACCAUCUCAUAUCUCUGGACAACCAUCUCAUAUCUCUGGAAAACCAUCUCAUAUCUCUGGGCAACCAUCACAUAUUUCUGGAAAAGUUUCACACGUUUCUGGACAACCAUCACAUAUUUCUGGAAAAGCGUCACACGUUUCUGGACAACCUUCACAUAUUUCAGGAAAACAAUCAAAUAUAUCUGGAAGGCCUCAAGUAUCAGCCCAAACAUCCAAACAGAUUCAACCACAGGUGUCAGCUCAAACGUCUCGUAUAUCUGGAAAGCAAUCCCAGCCGAACAGAUCUUUACCGGUAGCUCAUUGUGAGUGUCCAUCUUGCCAGUGUCCUAAUACUCAUUUUUCGGCACCCCCCAUACCUCCAAAGUCGUCUCAAGUGUCUUGCCGGCCAUCUCAUGUAUCUGGAAAACAAUCUGCCCAGAUAUCAUUCGCUCCUUCAGUAUCAUCUCAAAAAGAAUCUACUCUAAUAGCUGUUCAGCCGUCUCACAUAUCUGGACAACAAUCUGCCCAAAUGGCCACACAAUCAUCUCACAUAUCAGGGCAACAAUCUAACCAUAUGCCUGCACAACGGUCACACAUAUCGGGUCAACAGUCCACCCAAAUUGCUGCUCAGCCAUCUCACGUAUCAGGUCAGCAAUCUGUCCAAAUGUCUACCCAACAAUCUCAUAUAUCAGGACAACAAUCUGUCCAAAUGCCUGCGCAACAAUCUCACAUAUCGGGUCAACAGUCUACCCAAAUUGCUGCUCAGCCAUCUCACGUAUCAGGACAACAAGGUUCCCAAAUGCCUGCCCAACGAUCUCACAUAUCUGGCCAAAUGGCUGCCCAAGCAUCCCACGUAUCUCAAAAGCAAUCCAAUGUUAUUUCUGGGCAAAUAGGAGACGUACCCCAGAUGCAAGUUCCCGAGUGUGAUUGUCCUACCUGCGUUUGCGCACCGUGUCCAGAUCAAGUUGUCCAGGCAAAAGUCAGCAAACUCCAGCAACAGACAGAGGUCGAUUCAGAACAACAUUCCACGAAUUGCACUUGUCCCACGUGCUGCGCUUGCGAAGCCAAAUUGGCAGAUAUCGAUCUGUCGCAAAUGAACGACGAAGCUCUAGAAAAGAAAAUAGAAAAAGAUCAAAAGGAAAAUUGCGAAUGUCGCGAGCAAAUCGAAGAAAUUCGCAAGGCGCUGACAAAAAUCAAGUGCGCUUGCACCGAAGCGGAACUCAAGGCCUUGAAGAGCAAGCCACUGGUGAAGCAAGCAUCCGCGUUCGGACAAACGAUGUCCGGUCUGAAGUUGGCGCUGACUAAUCUGCAGGAGAAGUGCAAAGCCAAGGAUAGAAUGAUCGACGCUAUGACGGGAGAGUUGAAGCAGCGGACCAGCAGCAAGACUUUUGACAAAGUUUUGAACAAAUCCAUCAGUGAUGCCCCGGACUACGACAAGGCAGACGAUGUCAAAUCGCUGGACCGAUCGCACGAGGUCAUUUCCACUAACGUCCUAUACACCGUAGAAGAAGAGGUGCCUGUCAAAAGCCAUUUCGACGAUAAAAUGUCGAGAGCUAUAGAAACGGAGAAGAAGAAAAAGAAAUCUUCGAAGACCUGCAAGUGCGGCAAGUCGCAUCGGACGAAAGACCCGCCGCACGUCGAUUUAAGCGGAUUCGAGAUCGUGGACAUAAGACGCAUCACAAAGGACAGUAUCAUAAUCAAAUGGAAACCGCCUCGAGGAAACAGCAUAACGGGUUACGACAUUUUUAUCAACGGAGUGAACAAGUCGAAGGUCAUGAGCGGCGGUAGGACGAGCGCUAUGAUUCAUUCUUUGGACCUGACUUCGACCAUUCAAGUAACUAUUUACGCUGUGACAAAAUGUGGGCGGUGUGAACCCCCGGCUAUUGCCAUUUAUGAAAUUAGGCCGUGAUCAGUCGUCACCAACAACUUUUGUAAUGCUUUGACAUGAUUGUUCUGCAAAUAAAAGGAUCCUUAAAAAUGUA